AUGGCUUCUUCUUCAGUAACCAAAGUCUUCAACUUGGCUUUACUUUCCUCUGUUUUCUUGAUCUCCAUAGUUAUCAUCUCCGUCUCUUCUUACCAGUUUCAAGUUGGCGGUGACGAAGGUUGGAUUAAACCUACCGGAAACAACACAGAUCAGGCAUACAAUGUCUGGGCUGGCGAAAACAGAUUCCAUGUUGGAGAUACAGUUUAUUUCAAGUACCAGAAGGACUCAGUUCUGGUUGUGAACAAAGCUGACUACGAAAAUUGCGUUGUGUCAAACCCAAUCUCCAAGUUUCAAGAUGGAAACACAGUUUUUCGUUUUGAUCGCUAUGGAUACUUCUACUUUAUCAGUGGAGAGGUCGGUCACUGCAAGUCCGGUCAGAAACUGAUUAUCCGCGUGAUGGUGCAUCCUGAAUCAACUGAGCCACCAGAAUCUGCAGCCUCGCCUCAAGGAGGUGGUGGUGGAGGUGCAGGAGGUGGAUCAAACGGCGGCGGUGGCUCGGGUUCUGAUUUCUGGGGACCUCCUGGACUGAAUUCUACCAACAAGUUGUCUGCUGCCUCUUACUUAAUGACUGCUUUAGGAAGUGUUUUUGCCAUACUCUAUUUGGUCAUGUAA